AUGAGAAGCCGUCUGUUCUACCCAUAUUCAUUAGCGUUGGGAGCGGCGUGUGGAUUACUCAUUCUCACCGUACUAAUGAUUUACGCAUUUCUAAGAAGAAAUCGAGGAAAAUGUAAUGACGAAGAGAAGCAAAACUCCUCGAGCAUAUUGGUGUAUCCUACGAAACAAAGCGGAUCACCCCCUCAAUUUUUGACAAAAGAAAUCCACUUCAGUCUACCACCUUUGCGCAGUAAUUCUUUGGGAGACAUAGUUUUAUCUUCAGAAGAAACGCCGUAUGAAACAGAACUAGGAACAGAUUCGUUGUUGCUGCCUUCCGUAGGGCAUAACUUUCGAUCCAACUCAUUCAGUAAGUAA